AUGGAAGUCAUCACGAUUAUGGCGUUUGACAGAGAUAUGGGCCAAAAUGGACAGCUUGCGUACAUUAUGCUGACCCAAGUCCCUCAGUUUGGUAUAGACAGCGAAACUGGGAGUGUGUUUGUGGCCAGUGUCUUGGAUAGAGAGAGAUCGCCUACAUUCAUGCUGAAAAUUGAAGUCCGGGAUAAAGCAGAGAGAGGCAACCGAAGAAGUUUUAGUGCAAGAGUGCUGGAAGAUCUUCCCCCUGGAGCUGUCAUUAGCUGGGUCCAAGCCCAAGACCCAGACGUAGGACCCGGUGGGCAAGUCUGGUACUCUCUGACUAACGACUUUGGUGGAACUUUUGAGAUCGAUCCUGUCAGUGGGGCUUUGAGGAUAAGGAUGGAGCUGGAUUUUGAAAAACAACAGUUUUACAACUUGAGUGUUUUGGCUGAAGACCGGGGAUCACCCAGUCUGAGAGCACAGACAUUUGUGGAAGUGGAGGUGGUGGACGUGAAUGAAAAUCUGUACACGCCCUACUUCCCCGACUUUGCAGUGAGAGGUUCUGUGAAGGAGAACUGUCGUGUAGGUUCCAGUGUCCUGACAGUCACUGCUCUGGACGAAGACCGCGGGCGCGACGGCCAGCUGAAGUACUCUGUCAGAGGAGGCAGCGGGCUCGGCACUUUCACCAUUGACGAAGACACAGGGGUGAUUUACACAGCUGCUAUCCUGGACUGUGAAAGCAAGGACUCCUAUUGGCUUACAGUGGAUGCCACGGACAGGGGGGUCACACCUCUGUCUGCCUCCAUCGAAGUCUUUAUUCAGGUUGAAGAUGUUAAUGACAAUGCCCCACUGACGUCAGACCCCAUCUACCAUCCCGUGGUCAUGGAGAACUCCCCCAAAGACGUGUCCGUGAUUCGAAUCCAGGCACAAGACCCGGACCUCACGGCGAUGCCCAACCGCCUCAGCUACCGCAUCAGCGCUGGCAACCCACAGAACUUCUUCACUAUUAACCCCAAAACAGGUCUGAUUACCACAACGGCAAGAAAAUUGGAUCGGGAACAACAGGCAGAGCACUUUCUAGAGGUUACUAUCAUAGAUGGUCCAGUGACAUCUCGACAGUCCACAGUCUGGGUUAUAGUCCACAUUGAGGAUGAGAACGACAACCCGCCCACCUUCCCAGAGCUCAUGUACCGCAUCCGGCUGCCUGAGCGAGAUAGAAACAAACGUGGAGAACCAGUCUACCGCGUAUUUGCUUACGACCGAGAUCUGAGGGCAAAUGGCAACAUCACCUACAGUAUUGUAGCUGGAAAUGAGGAUGACAAGUUCACGAUCGACCCCCGCACUGCCAUGGUUUCAUCCAAGAAGAUGAUGGUAGCUGGCAGCUUUGAUAUCCUCACGAUAAAAGCUGAGGAUAGCGGCGACCCCCCUCUAUGGUCCACAGUCAAACUUUAUGUUGAAUGGAUUCGUAAACCAGUGCCGUCCACUACGCAUCUGGUGUUCACGCAGAGGUACUACAACUUCUCUGUCUCGGAGACAGCAGCUGUGGCUCAGCCUGUGGGCGUGGUAGCUGUGAGCCAAUCAAACACCCCGGUCUGGUUCAACAUAGUUGGAGGGCGCCUUGCCAGAGAAAUGUUCUACAUCCCACAAAAUGCAUGUGGAAGGAACUGCUCACUGGAUACAGGGAGCUUUGACAUGCAGUUUGACCUCCAAGUGGGGGUUGGGACGCUGGUGGUGGCCAGGCCCCUGGACGCAGAGAUGCAGGCGGUUUAUAACAUGACUAUCCAGGUGACAGAUGGCACCAGCCUCGCCACGGCACAGGUUUUCAUCCGGAUUUUGGACAGCAAUGACAACCCUCCAGUGUUUUCCCAGUCCGCGUACGAUGUGAGUGUGUCUGAGGACGUUCCGGUAGACACUGAGCUUCUGCGCGUGCGGGCGACAGAUGUGGACGAGCGAGCGCGUCUAAGCUUCUCUAUCUACAGCUCAGUGGACCCGGCCAGCAUGAGGCUGUUCAAAGUCAACCCUGGCACCGGGGUGGUUUACACUGCGGACAGGCUGGACUACGAGGCGCGCACUCAGCACAUACUCAAUGUUAUGGUCAAGGAUCAGGAGUUUCCAUUUAACCGUGACCUGGCGCGGAUCCUGGUUGCUGUGGAGGACUCCAAUGAUAAUAUCCCAUACUUCACUAGCACUGUGUAUGACGGCACUGCCUACGAGUCGUUCUCUAUAGGCACCUCUGUUCUGCAAGUCACAGCUUUAGACAGAGACAAUGGGAUUAACGGGCAGCUUGCAUACACCAUAGAAGCAGGUAACACGGGUGGUGUGUUCAGCAUAGAUAAUGGCACAGGCCUAUUAUCCAUCGCCCGGGAGUUGGACCUCACCUCUGUCGGCUUCUACACCCUCACGGUGCGGGUCUCCGACAGUGGAUUUCCUCCUCUAAUGGCAACAGCCACAGCUCGCAUCGCUCUGAUCCUUUCUGAAUUCUCCACACCCAAGUUCACACAGGAGUACCAAGCCGAGAUCAUGGAGAACAGCACUAUUGGGACUCACGUGACCACAGUGAGUGCCAUAAGUCGCUCAUCUCUUGUUUAUGACCUUGGCCGGGGAAAUGAAGAUAACUGCUUUGACAUCAACCAUCACACUGGUGUAAUCAUGACUCGCAAACUGCUUGACUUUGAGCAAACAGCCUCUUACCUUCUGGUGGUGAAUGCUUUGAGUAUGUCUGGAGUAGAAGCCAGCACUCUGGUCAUCGUACAGGUUGGAGAUGUCAAUGACAACCCCCCUGUAUUUCAAAAUCUGAGGUAUGUUGGUGUAAUCAGUGAAGCGGCACCAGUCAACAGUGUUGUUCUGGGAGAGGAUGGGACACCGUUAGUCAUCCAGGCAACUGACAAGGAUCGUAAUCACAAUGCCUUGUUAGUGUUCCAGAUUAUAGACGACACACCGCGCAUGUUUUUCAGUGUGGACUCUGGGACUGGGUCGAUCCGGACAAUUGGUAGAUUGGACUUUGAGACCUUCCCUGAUUUCAAGUUUCAAGUCAGUGUCCAAGACAGUGGCCAGCCUCCGCAAACAGCCGACAGCCCUGCAGAAGUGAUUAUUAAAGUGAUCAACAUCAACGAUUCACCUCCAAAGUUUGCUCAGGACACUUACGAGGCUGUGCUUCUUCUGCCCACUUAUUUGGGGGUGGAAAUUUUGCGAGUGGAGGCCGUUGACCCAGAUAUGACCGCUGAACCUGACAGCUCCAUGACAUCACAGUUAAUUUACUCUCUCGUGGAUGCCGAUUUUUUCUACAUCGAACGCUAUAGUGGCAUUGUGACUGUCGUAAAUCCAAACCUCAAUAAAGAGCGCUACCGCUUCAAUGUUAAGGUUUGGGAUGGCCGUUUCUCCAGCAUGGCUUUGGUAACAGUACUGGUGCGUGAGGCUCUGGACAGUGGACUCCUCUUCACGUCACCGGUCUACUCUACUUCUGUCCGCGAAAACUCUGCUAAUAUUAGCGUGCUAACUGUGGUGAAUACAGUGGGCCAUCGUCUGAAUGAGCCCCUCAGAUACUCGCUGUUGAACCCCAGUAGUCGAUUUGAGAUCCGGCCGACCUGUGGAGCGCUGCUGACCACGGGGAAGCCCUUCGACAGAGAGGAGACCGCCACAUAUACACUGGUGGUGGAGGUACGGCGGGAGGAGGAGGUCCUGAGGGUGGCCAGAGUCACGGUGCAAGUGCAGGUGGACGAUAUGAAUGACAAUGUCCCAGUGUUUAUGAACCUGCCGUACUACGCAACCGUCCAAGUGGAAGCAGAGCCCGGAUCUGCCAUCUUCACUGUGUCUGCCUCAGAUUUAGACAGUGAGGUGAACCCAGUCACAGGCGAGCUGACGCUACAACGAGCUUUCAAAUCUGACCUAUCCAACGCAGAAUAUAAACUAACCAUUGUGGCCACAGAUAGAGGUUUCCCGCCUUUGUCCAGCGAGGUGGAGGUUCCCGUCAACGUGGUGAACAAAGCCAUGCCGGUGUUUGACAAGUCCUUUUAUGGAGUGACGGUUCCAGAGGACGUUUCUAUCUCCACUUCUAUCUUGAGCAUCAACGCCACCACUCCGCAGGGCCAAAAUGUCAUCUUCACCAUCGCAGACGGGGACCCUUCUCUGCAGUUCGACAUCGGUUUUGAUAGUGGAGUUGUGUCUGUUAUUUACCCGUUGGACUUUGAGACCACGCAGUAUUUCCGACUCACGGUGAAGGCCACAGACACAUUGACAGGGGCCAAGUCUGACGUGGAUGUGGAUAUAGUGGUGCUCGACGUCAACGACAAUCCGCCAUUGUUCCAAAAUAACUCCUAUUCUGCUGUUGUGUCAGAAAAUGUCAUGAUUGGAAGCACAGUUUUGCAGGUGUUUGCUCUGGAUCAAGACACAGAGAAGAAUGCCUUAGUGAGUUACCAAAUCCUAUCAGACUUAUACAACAGUUCAGACUACUUCCAGAUUGACAGCAGCAGUGGCCUUAUAUCCACCGCCCGCCUCCUUGAUUACGAACUCAUCCAAAGGUACAACUUUAUCGUCCGCGCAACUGACAGCGGAGAGCCGCCCCUCAGCAGUGAUGUCAGUGUGACAGUGACAGUCACAGACACCAACGACAGCCCUCCGAGCUUCAGCCAAACUCUGUAUGAGGCUUUUGUGAGCGAGUUGGCUCCGCGGGGGCACUUUGUGACAUGUGUGCAGGCCUCUGAUGCAGACACUUGUGAUGCAGAUAAACUCAGGUACACCAUCCUCUCUGGAAAUGAGCGCAUGACUUUUAUGAUAAAGCCCGAUACCGGAGUGCUUACGCUGUCUAACAAGAGGAGACAAGGCAUGAAACCGUCCUAUCAGCUCAAUGUGUCCGUGUCAGAUGGAGUCUUCACCAACACGGCCCAGGUUAUUGUCCGUGUUUUGGGAGCUAACUUAUACAGUCCUGUUUUUAGCCAGCGGUUUUACCUAGCCGAGGUCAGUGAAAAUGCACCUCCAGGAUCAAGGGUCAUCCAGGUCCUGGCAACUGAUGAGGACUCUGGAUUUUACGGUCAGAUCACAUACUCUUUUGUGAAUGACCUGGGAAAAACUCAGUUCACUAUUGAUGCAGAUGGAGUCAUAUAUUGCAAUCAGAGGAUGGACCGAGAAAACCCUCUCAACAAAGACAUGGUGCUAACUGUGAUGGCGCUGGACGGAGGAGGCCGUGCUUCAUUCUGCACAGUCAGGGUGGUCCUCGCUGAUGAGAAUGACAAUGUUCCUCGCUUCCGGGCUGUGGAAUACAGGAUGAGCAUCAAAGCCAACGUGGCUAAAGGGUCUCUGGUCACUCAGAUCCAGGCCACGGAUCCGGACGCCGGCUCUAAUGGACGCAUCACCUACUCCCUGUACAGCGAGGCGCGGCUCUCACUGGUCGAUGUGCUGGAGGUGGAGGCAGACAGUGGAUGGAUGAUGACCAAGAGCGCAGUGGACCACCUCCAGGGAACUGUUUUGUCUUUCUUUGUCAAAGCUACAGACAGCGGCUCUCCCCCAAAGCACUCGUUGGUCUCUGCGUUCAUCCAUGUCGUCCCUCCUGAUGCCUCAGUCCCGUCCUUCAGCCAGCCACAGUACUCCUUCACCAUCCAAGAGGACACUGCCAUCGGGACUGGUUUGGGGUCGGUUUACAUGGGCGCGGGGCAGACCGGAUUUUUCACCGCCAUCGCUGGUGAGACAAAGGACAGUAACCAGGAAGGAACAUUUUUAGUGGAGAAGGAGACCGGGCUGAUCCGAUUGAUUCAGCCUCUGGAUUAUGAGGAGGUCAGCAUCUACCGAUUCAAGGUUUCUGCAACAACGAGAAGAGACCUGAUAGAGGCUGUGUCUACUGUGGAUGUGGAAGUGAAGAUUUUGGACAUCAAUGACAACAGACCGAUUUUUGAGACCAACCCAUACGUUGCCACGGUGAUGGAGGGCAUGCCUGUGGGGACCAGAGUGGUGCAAGUACGAGCCCUCGACCCCGACUGGGGAUCUAAUGGACAGGUGACGUACAGAAUUGGGCCGAUGUUAACCAAACCAGAGAUAACCAAGGAAAUGCGUCCGCUCAACGCCACAGACAGAAGAACCUCCUUUUCCAUUGACAGUAAAACCGGCUGGAUCACCACUUUGACCCAAAUGGAUCACGAGGUCUGUUCCAGCUACAGCUUUGAGGUUGUGGCCUCAGAUUUAGGGGAGGCCCUGUCGCUGUCCUCCACAGCAGUUGUAACUAUCACCGUGUCGGACGUCAAUGACAACCCGCCUCAGUUUGAGCGGGAGUUGUAUCGAGGGGCAGUGAAGGAGAGCGACCCGCUGGGGGAGGUGGUGGCUGUCCUCAAAACCAGAGACCGCGACGGGACGGACCAAAACCGAAUGGUCAGCUUUUACAUCACUGGCGGGAACUUGCGAGGCGUGUUUGGUUUGGCUCUUGUCCAGGGCGAGUGGAAGGUGUACGUUAGUGGGAUCCUGGACCGAGAGCAGCAGGACCAGUACCUGCUCAACGUCACAGCGAGCGAUGGACUCUACGUGAGCCGGACCGCAGUGGAAGUCACAGUCAUGGACGCCAAUGACAACAGCCCCAUCUGCAACCAGGCGGUCUACACUGCAUCUUUUCCGGAGGACAUGCCCACUAACAAGGGCAUUCUGACGGUGGGAGCAACAGAUGCCGACUCAGGAUCAAGUGCAGAGAUCCAAUAUUCACUGUUUGGUAUUGGUGUGGAGGAUUUCUACAUGGAUGCAAACACAGGCGAGCUCCGUACAGCCACCACGAUGGACCGCGAGAUGACACCCAGCUACCGACUCAUCGCCCAGGCGACAGAUGGAGGGGGCCUGUUUUGCCGCUCUGACAUUUCCCUGAAGGUGUUGGACGUGAAUGACAAUGCGCCGUCUUUCUCCUCCUCUCAUUACAUGUCGAGCGUGUUUGAGAGCGCGGCGCCCAAAGCUCUGCUCACACGCCUUCAAGCCAGUGACCCAGACGAAGGUUUCAACCGCACAAUCGUCUACUCCUUGGUGGAUUCUGGCAAUAGCUUUUUCUCUAUUGACCCUUUAUCUGGAGUGGUUAUUCUUGAGAGACCUCUUGACAGAGAAAGCCAGGACUCUUACCGUCUCCGAGUACAAGCAACUGACCAGGCAGGACAACAGGGGGCGUUGUCCUCUCAGGUGGAUUUGACCAUUUUAGUACUGGAUGUGAAUGACAAUGCCCCGGUCUUUCAAAGAAGAGAUUAUUCAGUCACAGUUCCCGAAGAUGUUGCCGUGGGGACUGCAGUAAUUCGUGUCCUCGCUACCAGCGCCGACAUUGGUCCAAACGCAGAGAUCACAUACAGCAUACGGUCCGGGAAUGAGCUGGGAAAGUUCUCCAUAGAUAGACGAUUAGGCUCUAUCUUUGUGGCUGACGACUUGGAUUUCGAGGUGUGUAAGGACUUCUACCUGACAGUGGAGGCCGGGGACAAUGGGAACCCCCCUCUGAGCACGGCCAUCAUAGUGACCAUCGAACUCAUGGACGUCAACGACAACGCUCCUGCUUUCAGCCAGGACAUUUACAACGUUCUAGUGAGCGAGGACGCAGCUGUGGGACAAACGGUCACCAGGUUGUUGGCUGAGGAUCUGGACAGUCAGGUUAACGGGCGAAUCACCUACUCCAUAAUGAAAGGAGACCGCAGUAACCACUUCUGGAUUGACCCCGUGACAGGCCUGCUCAAAGUCAAUAAGCGCCUUGACAGGGAACUAACGUCGAGGUACAGUCUCUCGGUGCAGGCCUUCGACAGCGGCUCCCCUGCCAUGUCGUCCACCGUCACAAUCAAUAUCGAUGUCGCUGAUGUAAAUGACAACGCUCCAGUUUUUACGCCUCCCAACUCGACGGCCAUUAUACAGUUAAACCAGCCCGCAGGCUCUGUUCUCCAGAGAGUGUCCGUGAGUGAUAAGGACUCUCCCAGGAACGGUCCUCCCUUUGAGUUCCGCAUCGUCUCUGGGAACGAGGCCAACUUCUUCACCUUGGACCAGAGCGGCACGCUAAGGUCCAGCCGCGUGCUUGGAGCUGAUUCACCCAGAGAAUUCACCUUAGAAAUACAGGCAUCUGAUUCCGGUAAACCUCGCCUCACUACCUCAUCCUGGCUCUUCCUGAGGGUCAUUGGGAACAGCCAGUACAAACCCACCGUCUCGCCCCUGGAAAUCUAUAUUGUGAUGGGGACUGACACUUUCCAAGGUGGUCCCAUCGGCCAAAUCUAUGCCACUGACCGGGACCCCAGCGACGUCCUCUCGUUCACCCAGAAGUCUCCUCCCAAAAGCAUGUUCAGCUUAAACAGACAAGACGGAAGCAUCUUAGCUCUCCCAGGACUAGAGCCAGGCAGGUACCAGAUGAAUGCAACUGUGAGUGACGGUCGCUUUGCGGUGAUCGCUGACGUGUCGGUGGUGGUGGAGCAGAUCACAGAUGUGCUGUUACGCAGUGCAUUGACUCUGCGCUUUAGGACUCUCUCCCCUGAGGACUUACUCAGCCGAUACCUGGCUCAGAUCAAACUAAUGUUGCGUGGAAUCGCUGGCUGGAAGUGGUCCCCAGGACAGGCCGACCCGCUGCACAUCCUGAGCAUACAGCCAGUGAUUGGGACGCCCGAAGUGGAUUUGCUUUGGUCCUUGGAGAAGCCGGAGUCAGCAGGCAGUGGGUUUUUCUCACAGCCAGAGAUGUCUGUCAAACUUGAGGAAGCGUCAUUGAAGGGACAGUUGCGAGGAGUGCUGUCGGGAGCUGUGCUUUUGAGCAACGCAUGUUCUGGAGAUCUGGACUGCGGAGACAAAGUGUGCGAGCCAAGUCUGGUGAUCGACACGGCGUCUCUGAUGACCUACAGCACGGAGAGGAUCAGCCUGGUGGCGCCGAGAUUUGGACGCACAGAGACUUGCACUUGUCCUGGAGGGAUGUGUCGUGCUCCACUAGAGCUGUGUGAAGGCCAGUCUUGUCCUUCAGACAUGCAGUGUGUCCGCUCUGGUCCCACAGCGCCAUCUGUCUGCCAGUGUCUGCCUGAAAGACUGGACAACUGUGCAGGUCAAACCUCCUUAAGUUUUUCUGGAAACAGUUACAUCAAGUACAGAGUGACGGAGAGCGAUCAGAGCGGAGAAAUGAAACUGGGGCUGAGGAUACGGACGCUUCAGAGACGAGGGGUUAUCAUGUUCACGCGGGUCAAUCCCUGUACAAUGCUUAAGAUUGAAGGGGGUCGCUUGUGGUUCCAGUUGGAUUGUGACAACACUCUCGGCAUUAUGGGUAUUUCUGGACGACCCAUAAACGAUGGUCAGUGGCACGCCGUUUCGCUUGAGUUGACGAGAAACUACACACUCCUGUCUUUGGACGACAGCUACGUGGAGCGACGGCGAGCUGCCAGAGCCCCUGUCCGACUAUGGCCUUUGGCUCCAGACUCCUCCUUUUUCUUCGGGGCCCAAGUAAGACCUCCAAACGGCCCUGGAGAAAGGCCAAGUCCUGGACCAAGCCUAGGUGAAGGUGGCGAUCGUGUGACAAGGGGUCCUCCGAGAGCCCAGGACGGUUUUCAGGGCUGUCUCGGUUCGCUGACGCUGAAUGGGAACGAGCUGCCACUGCAAAACAAGAGGAGCAGAUACGCGGAGAUCGCAGGAGUGAGCGAGGUCAAACUGGGCUGUGUCCUGUACCCGGAUCCAUGCGUCAGUCAGCCCUGUCUCAACGGGGCCCUCUGCAGCAGCCUGCCCUCUGGAGGCUUCAUGUGCAGUUGCAGUGCAGGCUUCACUGGGGGGCGCUGCGAAGUUGAGCUGACGUCCUGCAUGCCAAACCCGUGCCAGAACAACGGCGAAUGUAAGCCUUUGGGCAACGCAUUCUUCUGCUCCUGUCCCAAAGGACUCGGGGGUCUUAUAUGUGAUGAAGAUGUUAAUGAAUGUGAGGAGGAAGAGUGCAGUAAUAACGGAUAUUGUAUCAACACGUUCGGGUCGUUUUUCUGCAACUGCUCCGAGGGUUUUGAGGGCGAGGACUGCAGCGACGAGGCCCCGGGAGAGCUGCUGGAUGACACACAGGCCGAGCCUCUGUCCUACGUGGGGCCCGGAGAAUUAAUUGGCAUUGGCGUGCUUGCUUUUGUCCUCCUUCUCCUCAUCGUUCUCUUUGUCAUAUUUCGCAAAAAGAUCAAAUUCAGGAAAGACUCCGACUCAGGGCCUUCACAUAGCAUCUUGGGGGUCUCGACCAUCUCCACUGAAACAAGCUACAUGCUGCACAAGACCGGGAUGGGCGCAGAGGGCAUUGAGUUCAAAGCAGUUCGUGUGUCUGGGUCUCCUGGCACCAGUACGUAUGGAGAGGUUGGAGGGAGCACUGGGGGUCCUCCUCAGCUCAUGGUCCGUCCCAAUGCCCACUCGCCCCUGUCCGGGUCUCUUGGAGGAGCCAGUAUGAGAGGAGAGAAGACUGCAUCAAGUGAAGGGAGUCAGAUGAGCAGUUUCCUGUCAGACAUGUCUAACAUCAGUAGAGUGGCGACAAGGCGGGGCAUCGCGGUCUGCAGUGUGGCCCCAAACCUGCCCCUGUCCUCACCACGCCACCCGGAUCUCAGCACGCCUCAUAAAGUGUCCUGGGAGGUGCCCCAGCAGCAGCAUAGUCCAGUGUCCGACCCUCCAGACCGAGACCACCGAGAGGAGCUGUGGGGCCAGAGAGCCUUUGAGAUGGAGCGGACACAAAGAGAAACCAGUCCACCGGUUCUCAUGUCAGACUAA